GAUAACGGUGUGUUGGACUGUAUAUAUGGUGUGCGGCUUCAGAUCCUGCAGACCCUGGAGUUUUCAGGUCAAAGAAGUACCUUAAAAUACCUGAAAACGAGAAAUUUCCUCAAUCAAAGGGCACAAAAGAUAGUUGUGGUGGAUCAGCUAUAGGUGGUGCUAAGUCUCAUGACAGCACAUGUGUAAAGGAUCAAGAAAAUGGAACUAACAAGAAACAUGAGUCAUCGCAAAGAUCUUGUCUCCUGGUGUGCUUUGCUCUCCUUGUGCAUUGAUUUGUGGUUGUUGCAGCGGAAGAGGAAAUCUUCUGAGCAGCAGAUGAGUGAGGAUGGGAUGUUCUAUUGCAGUCUGUGCGAAGUUGAGGUCUUCAAAUUCAGCAAGCAUUGCAGAGUUUGUGACAAAUGUGUUGACCGUUUUGAUCAUCACUGCAGGUGGCUAAACAAUUGCAUUGGCAAGCAGAAUUACAGAAAGUUCUUCAGCCUCAUGGUAUCAGCUAUUUUCUUGCUCACUAUGCAAUGGUCAACUGGGAUAUUUGUGCUGGUACUAUGUCUACUCCGAAGGAACCAGUUCAACACAGACAUUGCCUUAAAGCUGGGAAGCAGCUUCUCGCUAGUUCCAUUUGUUAUAGUCGUUGCUGUUUGCACUCUAUUGGCAAUGCUGGCAACGCUACCUGUUGCUCAGCUUUUCUUCUUCCACAUUCUUCUCAUCAAAAAGGGAAUCAGUACAUACGACUACAUAGUUGCACUUAGGGAACAAGAGCAAGAGCUAGAAGAAGGUGGUGGAGGUCAACAAAGCCCUCAAAUGUCAAUGAUCAGCUCAUUCACUGGUCUAAGUAGUGCAAGCUCCUUCAAUACAUUUCACCGUGGAGCUUGGUGCACCCCACCGCGUCUGUUUGUUGAGGAUCAGUUUGAUGUAGUUCCUCCAGAGAAUGCUUCUGUAAGUUCAUAUGGAAAGAAGACAGUGGUUGAGAAACGCGUCAAGAAGAAGACGCAACCUGUGAAGAUCAGUCCAUGGACUCUAGCGCGUCUCAAUGCAGAAGAAGUCUCAAAGGCAGCAGCAGAGGCAAGGAAGAGAUCCAAAAUUAUCCAGCCUGUGGAGAGGAGGGAAGCAAGCAGCAGCGACCGUAGAAUGUUCCCGGCAAAAUUUGAAGCUGCUAAUAGUAACGGGAAGCAGCAGAGAAGGCAAUCUAAGCAGCGCAUAAGGUUACCAGCAGAAUUGCCUCUGAUGAAUGUUCAGACAAGAGUUGCCUCUAUGGAGACAUCAACUAGCUCAGGGCUAGGUCCUCUUCAGCUAGAAGCAAGAAGCGCGUUUCAGACGAGCCGAGCAAUGUCAGGGUCAGGUGGUGUUAUGGGGACAUCUUCUUCACCAGAGAGCAGCUUAGACUCGCAUGACAUUCACCCUUUUAGAGUGUCGUCUGAAGCAGAAGGGUCGGUGCAGCUCAGUGGAUUUUCUUCAGCUGUUGGUCUAAUGGGUCAGAAUAGAGGGCAGCAACAACAGCAAUCCAUGAUGAUGAUGAUGAUGCCAUUGUCAAGGUCUACAAGUGGUGGAUACGAUGCCUCUGGUGGAGAAGACAGUGAUCAGGUUCCUUCUAGAAACAUCCACAAAUCAAGAUAAGAAGUAUAAUAAUCAUCACUCCUUGAGGCAUUCUUUGAUAAAUGGCUGGUCACAUUCAAAUGGAUCGAUCAAGAAAAGUCAACGUUCUCAGACUGUUUGCAAGGAGCUCUUAAGGGAAGCGGGGAAGAGUAUUGUGUAUUCUUGAGAUUUGUAUUGUUUAAGGUGACGAGCAGGUUGAACAGGAUUAACCAGAACUUUCUUUACUUGUUUUUGUUAGGAACAAAUCUUCUUUUUCUUUCUGAAAAAGAUGUCAAAGUUUGCACAGUUCAUAUGUUGUAUCUCCUUGCAUUGUUGUGUUUUUGAAGGAUUCGGACUCAACCUUA